AUGACUUCGCAGGAGGGUGUUGUUGGUGCAGUACAUCUUCCAGGAUGGGUUCCCCCAUUUGUAAAACCUCUGGAUGCCAUGGACGUAUCCGAUGGUCCGCCAAGUUUUUUGCAAACGCAGGGACAUCUCGCCGAAAGAAAUACAGAAGAAAACAGUUCAGCUGUAGCACCCUUUCGGUGCCUAACUGCCGUGCCAUCUGAAGGAAGCACUCCAAGUUGCCCGAUCCCAGAAAAGAGAAGUCGAGAUGCAGAGGUCGGGUUUGAACCACGGAACUUCCGACAAAAAGAUAAGCGUUCAGCUCCAGCACCCUUCCAGUGCCUAGCUGCCAUGCCACCCGAAGAAAGCACGAGGGCUGGGACACUGCCAGGUUGCCCAAGCCUAGACAGGGAAAGUCGAGAGGCGGAGGUCGGAUUCGAACCACGGACCUUCCGGUCAGUAAAUUCGCGCUCUAACCACUUGGGCCAUCUCGCCCAUAUUUGCUGUAAACACACAUAUCCAUAG